AUGACUGCAGCACAUCCCUCCGCUCCUGCAGCAGCAGCAGCAGCUGCUGCAGCAACAGCUGCUACUGUUCCUCCAUUGACAACUGCAACAGCAGCAGGAGGAGCAGCAGGAACAUCAUCAUUAUUAUCAUCAUCAGCAGCAACAACAGCAGCAGCAGCAGAAGCAAGACAUUCAUCAUCUUCUUGCUGCACAGGUCUUACCUCCUCUUCAUCAUCAUCAUCAUACGACAGCCUAAAAGCAGAUAAACGUAUAGACACAGUCAUUACAACUUCAAGCAGCAACAUGAGCAGCAGCAGCAGCACCACCACGGCGAGCAGCAGCAGCAGCAGCAGCAGCAGCAGUGGCAUGUAUGUGUUGAAUCGUAGAGGCGAAAGAGAGGCUGUGUCCUUUGAUCAAAUACUAAAGAGAGUACGCUCUCUUUGCUACGGUCUUCAUCCUCUCGUAGACGCCGCGCGAGUCAGUCAGGCGGUAAUCAACGGAAUGUACGCCGGCAUCAAAACCUCAGAACUCGACGAACUCGCCGCUCAAACCAGCGCUUACAUGGCUGCACAUCACCCCGACUUCUCUAAACUAGCAGCAAGAAUAGCAAUAGAUAAUUUACAUAAGAAUACGAGCUCUGACUUUGCAGAAGUAAUAGACAAAUUAUAUCGAUAUACAGAUGCUCAAGGAAGGGCAGCCCCGUUGGUGCAUGCAGAUGUUUAUGCUUUUGUAGUUAAAUAUAAAGACGAAAUUAACAAAGCUCUUGUAUAUGACAGAGACUUUGACUACGACUACUUCGCGUUCAAAACCCUAGAGAGGUCUUACUUACUGCGAGCUGGGGGCGUGAUAGUUGAGCGUCCUCAGCAUAUGUUGAUGCGAGUUGCAUGCGGCAUUCACUGCGGAGAUUUACAGAAAACUUUAGAGACAUACGAGUUGAUGAGUUGUAAAUUCUUUAUACAUGCUACGCCGACUCUCUUCAAUGCUGGGACCCCUAGGCCUCAGAUGAGCAGCUGUUUUCUGCUGACGAUGAAAGAAGAUUCAAUCGACGGUAUAUUUAGUACAUUACGGCAAUGUGCAUUAAUAUCAAAGACUGCAGGAGGCUUAGGGCUGUCUGUAACAGAUAUUAGAGCAACAGGAAGUUAUAUUCGAGGUACAAACGGAUAUUCUAAUGGUCUUAUCCCUAUGCUUAGGGUAUUUAACGACGCAUCUCGCUACGUAGAUCAAGGAGGAGGUAAACGCAAGGGCAGUCUUGCGGUGUAUGUUGAGCCGUGGCAUGCAGAUAUAUUUGAGUUUCUAGAGAUCAGAAAGAAUCACGGUAAAGAAGAAAUGAGAGCAAGAGACCUCUUUCCUGCCCUUUGGGUCCCCGACUUAUUCAUGCAAAGAGUGUACGAAAACGGGUCUUGGACGUUGAUGUGUCCUUGUGAAUGCCCUGGGCUUACGAGUUGCUGGGGCGAUGAGUUUGUAGCAUUAUAUGAGAAGUACGAGAGAGAAGGACGAGGGAGAAAGACAAUACCUGCUCAGAAAGAUAUUAAUAAAAAUAUCUUCGAGUGUAUAUACUUCGCUGCAUGCGAAGCAAGUAUGGAGCUCGCCGCUAUUCACGGGACGUACGAAACAUAUGAAGGCUCACCGAUGUCUAAAGGAGUAUUUCAGUUUGAUAUGUGGGGUGUUAAACCUGAUAGCGGCCUCUGCGACUGGCAGGGCCUUCGACAAAAAGUUAAAAAGUACGGUUUAAGAAACUCUCUACUCGUCUCACCUAUGCCUACAGCAAGCACUUCACAAAUAUUAGGGCUUUAUUACUUCCGCACACAAGCAGCAGCAGAUGCUAUUAAAUUUACUGUAGAUCAGGGGAUAGCAAAAGAAGCAAAAGAAAAACAAAUGCGAGAAACCAGCAGCAGCAGCAGCAACAGCAGCAGCAGCAGCAGCAGCAGCAAGGAUACUGUGGGAUACGCGCAACCAUCGCAGAUGCAGGAAGCGGGGGAGGCUUCAACCAAUGGCAGCAGCAGCAGCAGCAGCAGCAGCAGCAGCAACUCUGCAGCUGCUGCUGCACAAGCGGGAGCUGUAUGCCGCCUAAGGACGAGAGGGAUGGCUGAUGAUGAAGUUUGUGCUAUGUGCUCUGGAUGA